AAAAGCGAACGCCACAUGUUGGUGGGUAUUUCUGAAAGUACAGAGAGACUGGAAUAAUGGCAGAGAGGUCUCAGGAUGAGCAGGAACCUGAAUUAGAGGUGGACGAUGUUAGAGAGAUUUAUUUGCUAAAAGAGGAAAUAAUACAGAAUGGCACUGGUGGGAGGAGAGGAGAUUGUGCUCCUCAGAACUGGACAGGCUGAGCAAACGGAGAGGCACACUGAAAGCAUUGAAGGUGUAUUGAAAGUGGAGGAAGGAGAGAGGAAAGCAGCGGCGGGUGCUGAGUGUGUUGAUGACACAUCCCUGCCAGCCCCUACAGAGCAGGAUGAGGAGGACACUUUGGAAAUGUUGCUAACACAGCUCCAGAGUGGUGGCAUAAUCCAUGAGCAGACAGGAAAGACUCUUCUUCUAAACGAAGCGGUGGCCUGUGGAGUGGUGCCUGGCCACACGGCAGUGAAACUGAUGGAGAAGAUGAAGAUGUUCAGUGGCUUCUUCGACUCACAGACAUGUGAAUCAUUAACCACCGAGGACGUCAUUGAAGAAGGCUUAAUGGAUGAGAAGCUUCUCCAGAAGGUUCUGGCAUCUGACAAAGCCAUAAGCGGUGUUCUUGACCCAGGCAAUAACUUUGUCUACUCUAUCAAGGAUGCUGCUGCAGUUGGCCUUCUAGACAAGGAGACGGCAAUGAGGAUCUUGGAAGGGCAGGUGGUUACUGGAGGGAUUGUUGACUUGAAACGUGGCAAAAAAAUAUCAGUCACGUUGGCUUCAAAUCUUGGCCUCAUAGAGCCAACUAGUCAGAAAGAGCUGGUCAAGCUGGAGAAGGCUUCCAAAGGGAAAAGCACCGAUGAGGCAACCAGGCAGAAGCUCAUUAGCUUGCAGGCUGAAACCAGUGGAAUUGUGGAUCCCAAAACCAAGCAUCCUUUGACUGUUGCGCAGUCUGUGGAAAAAGGGCUCCUUGAAAAGGAAAAAGCAUUUGAGCUCUUGACCAAGCAGAUUGCAGACGGAGGAAUAAUUCAUCACGUGUCUGGAAUGAGGCUUUCGGUAAAUGACGCGAUGAAGCACGAUUUGAUCAAUCAAGAUUUAUGUAAUGAACUCACAAAGGCUGAGAGCGUGUGCCAGCAUGAAUACGUUCAUCCAGUAACGAAGGAGAAGGUGCCCUUGCCCCAGGCAGUAGCAGUAGGGCUUGUUAGUCCGGACUUCCAGAGGAAAGUGCAAGAAAUCCAGGCCGGGGGUGGAAGCAUCCUCGAUCCUGCUUCUGGCCAGAGACUGGCGCUCUGCCAGGCAGGUGAAGGAGGGCUUGCUGCCCAGGCAUUGUGGAGAAGGUCCUAGGCGUCUCCAGAAGUGAAACAAGGCAUUGUAGAUCCUGAGAACUGCAUGCUCGUGCCCUACUCAGAGUUCAUAAAGAAGUGUAAGAUUGACAUUGAAUCUGGCCAGAGGUAUUUGGAGGUCCAUCCCUUCAGAGCCAUCAAGGAUGAGGUGACGGGGAGCAAGCUGACGUGUGCCCAGGCGGUGAAGCUGGGGAAGGUGGACCCCCUGCCCACGCUGCGGCUGCUGCAGGCUCAGGCCGACAGCGGGGGGUUUGUGGAGGGCACCGUCAGCGAGAGGCUGUCCCUGAAGGCUGCUGUGGAGCAGGGGCUGCUGGAUGAGGAAAUGGCCAAAGUCAUCGCGACCAGCCAGAUGAGGGGCGGAGGAAUUGUCGAUGCUAGCAGUGGAAAAAGACUGACUGUAAAGGAAGCUGUUGAAAAAGGCCUGAUUAGCCAAAAAUUAGCUGCCACUCUUCAAGACUCACAGAUAUCCGAAGACAGACAUGGUUCUGAGGUCCUCAAAGCAGAUAAACCCCGCCUUUCCCAGGAAAAAAGUGGAAAAAACACCUCCAGAAGAGGAAGGUGUCCUCCCUAGCAGUGCUGCAGGGAAGCCCGGUGGUGCUGAGCACAAGGCCAGGUCUGAAGCUGCGAGCUGCGGCCUGGCUGGGGACACAGCCGCUGCUCCUGCCAUAUCCCUGGUGAUGCCAAGGAAAG